UAUAAACUGCUCGGGACGUGUAUCGUCAAAAGAGUCAACUGACGGACUUCUCAAAACACAGAUCACUAUUCACGACUACCUUAAAAGACGAGGAUUCGCGGUAUUCUGAUUCUUGUUUUAUUAAUACAUACAGCCCAAGCAUACCACUACUUAUAUUCAAUAAUAAAGACGGUUUCCUGGAGUCGUCGACCGAGUCUUCCUAUGUUCUGCCGGGAGACUGAGGAGAGUUUACCGCAGUGUAACGUUAGUUCAUCACGCGUUUAGGAUGAAGCGUCUUGUGUUCGGGGUCUGCGCGGUUCUCACAGUCUGGACAUUAUUUUCGGCGCCGUCGGGUUCCUCACACCCUCUUGAAGGAGGAACAGAAUCGGCGAAGCUGAGGUUCGUGGAGGAGUUUGAUCGGUUUAAGCUUGGGUUCGGCUGGCAUAACGUGUCCUGCGCGGUGUGUAAAGCGAUCUUCACCAUGCUUGACAUCGCGCUGCUGAGUGAAUCAAACAUGGAGCGUGUGGCACAUGCUUUGGGAGAGGCCUGUGUUCGACUGCAUCUGACCGAGCCUCAAGUAUGUCGAGAUAUCACUGAGCUCUUCCGAGACGAUGUCAUCCGUGCGCUCCAAGAGUCCUUCCUCUGGCCCUCGGAGGCUUGUGCUGUACUGGUUGGACCUACAUGUGGCCAUUUUGAUAUUUAUGCCCCCUGGAAUGUGUCCCUCCCACGGGUCCCCAAACCCCCGGUUAAACCGCCCGAUCCUCCUAAACCGGGGUCUCCACAGAGCAGAAUCCUCUUCCUUACAGAUAUCCACUGGGAUGCGCAGUACGCUGAGGGCAGUCUCGUGGACUGUAAGAUGCCACUGUGCUGUCGGAAUGAGUCUGGAAGGGCCAGUUGGAAGCACACUGGAGCCGGAUACUGGGGCACGUAUGGUGACUGUGACCUGCCUCUGCGCACAGUUGAGAACCUUCUCCAAAACAUAGCCAGAUCUGGCCCAUGGGAUUGGGUGUACUGGACCGGAGACAUUCCAGCACACAACGUGUGGUCUCAGACCCGGGCACAACAGCUGAACGAGCUCGUCACCAUCACUAGACUCAUACACAAACACCUGGGGCCUGAUGUACCCGUUUACCCAGCGGUUGGGAAUCACGAGAGCACACCGGUGAAUAGUUUCCCACCUCCGUUUGUACAUGGGAACCGGUCGUCCCACUGGCUUUAUGACACAAUGGCAGAGGAGUGGGCAUCCUGGCUGCCAGAGGACGCCUUAAAGACGAUACGGCAUGGAGGGUUUUACACAGUGGAAGUUCAGCGUGGUUUGAGGGUGGUGUCUUUGAACAUGAACUUCUGUGCACGAGAGAACUACUGGCUGAUGGUGAACUCCACAGACCCGGCGGAUCAGCUGCAGUGGCUCAUUCACAUACUGCAAGAGUCCGAGAACAAGGGAGAGAAGGUCCACAUCAUCGGUCACAUCCCCCCGGGACUCUGCCUGAGCAAUUGGAGUUGGAAUUACUAUCAUAUAGUGAACAGAUAUGAAAGCACCAUAACUGGUCAGUUCUUUGGACACACGCAUGUCGAUGAGUUUCAGAUGUUCUACGAUGAAGAUACAUUGACACGUCCACUAAGUGUGGCUUUCAUUGCCCCAAGUGUGACCACUUAUGUCAACCUGAACCCAGGAUAUCGUGUGUAUUACGUGGAUGGAAACUACGCAGGCAGCAGUUGGAUGGUUUUGGAUCACGAGACUUUUAUUCUUAACCUGACUCUUGCCAAUAACCUGCGCUCAAAACCUGACCCCAACCCGUCAUGGAAUUUACUGUACCGUGCAUCUGAGGCCUACGGUUUGUCCACACUCUUCCCUUCAGACAUGGAUGCUUUGAUCAAAGUCAUGAAGAAUGAUGACCGUGUCUUCCAGCGCUUCUGGUACCUCUUUCAUAAAGGCCACGUCUCAAAGCCCUGCACAGACACUUGCAAGACGUCACUAAUCUGCUUCCUGCAAAGUGGACGAUACGACCUUCUAACGCAUUGUAAAGUGCUACACGGAGAUGUUAGGAAGACAAUGUGUUGAGAAAAUAUGAAACUUGCCAUAGAGUUCUAAUGGGUUUAAUACCACGCCGACGUCACAGACUCUUGAUUCAUUUAGCACUUUCGUUUGAACUUCUUUUUGUAGCAUUUGUUACUUUUUGUCCUUGAGAUCAUCAAAAGUUGACUUGAUAUGGACAUUGUUGAUAUUAA